GGUCCUUGCUUUGCAAAGAUCAUUUGCCACUGGCACCAGGCAGAUCAGAAAGGGCUAGCUGGCACAGCUCGGAAUAUGGGGUCGUCCUUUGCAGCCAUCAAAGGGCGGCUUCAUGCAUUUCCCAAGCUUCUGAGAAUCUUAGUGGCGCUAGGCUUUUACUGCAUGCCCCGCUUUUGUGAGGCCAUCCCAAUCGUUCCCAGCCACCUCUUGACAGACAACUGCACCGCGGCCAAUGCGGAGUAUUAUAGCGAACAGCCGCCCGGAAGCUUCUUUUUUUACACGGGGACUCCAGACAGCUACUGCAGCCGCGCGUCCACCCCUACUACAGGCUGGAAGAUAUGCGGAGCAAGCUCGGCUCCCUCUUGCACAACCGUUGUUGCCCCCUAUGGCAGCAAAGCAGACGCCUGCAAGGCACAAUACAGUUAUGUUAAUAAAUGUUCAUUGUCAGUGCGGGUAUUCUUCAUCAACUAUGAUUUGGACUGCGACUGGGUGAUCAUCUGUGAGUACUUUGAUGGCCCCGUCGUGGUAACAAUAGGAUCAGCGGCACCCAGUAUUGUGGCGGCACCUCCAACGAAGGGCACGGCCGGCGCCCCUCUUUUGGCACCGGUCCCAUUGUUUCCUCCGUCCCCUUCUCUGCUUCCAAAGGCGGGUGACGUGGUCAUGCUGUUGUCUUAUGCUGCGGGAAGUGUGGACUACUAUUGCAACAAAGCAUCUGGCCUCUUCUCGGACGGAACCAUAAGCGCCAACCUCUAUACAAGUCCGUUGGGAAAUGCAUCCAUUGGCACGUACUUGAAGGCCAACGGGUCGCAAGUUUUUACGUUGGCAGAUGGGAGCAUAGCGCUCACCGGUCCCCGAGAUAGUGGAAAUUCCUACCCUCAGAACCCGAACCUUCCGCUGGAUGGUGGGUACGGCUCCCUGAAUCAAAGCUAUUCGACCGCCACUGGGAACCUCAGCCUGGCUGACGUUGCUUACGUCACUGUUACAGCGACGGUUGGAGGCGUUCUCCCAAGCAAGGCCCCAUGCUCAAAGGUGCUCGGUUCGCUGAUUCCGUACCGCCCCUGGUCCAUACCUUUCGAAGCCAACAUUACCUUCUUUAGCAGAUUUGUGCCUCCACCUUAACAACAAACAUAACCCGGUUCCCUCGUCGACGUUUCGACUCUCGAGAGGAGCUGGUUCGAGUUUAAUCAGGUUCAUCAGGCAAUGAACUCGUCACAGACUCAUAAGACGUAUAUUACGAUGCCAAUAACGGUCAUCUAGUUGAACGUCAAAAACUGAGCACGUAUUUGAAACGUCUCUUCUCCAGUACUGGUCAUCAGCCCGAACGACAGCUUCCUUGAAGCCUGUACGUAGAUCGACC